AUGGGAGCUUAGUGCUGUUCAUUUCCAUAAAAACAGUUAACAAAUGAAAUAGUAGUCGAUGUUAAAGGGAGUUUACAUACAUUAUCAAAGAAAAGUGUAAACAAUGAUCAAUAUGUUGGUUUGGACAAUGUUAAUGAGAUAAAGGAACAAUAUGAAGAUUUUGAAGUUAUAGCAGAGUCUCCAUAAGAUAUUACUCCAUAAGAUGAUUAGACAGGAUAAUAAUGUAAAGUGUUUUAGCAAUCUGAAAGCAAAGUUGAUAGUAAUAAAUAUAUAAAUAAUGUAGCAUUGCCUAAGUAUGGGAUUAAAAAAAAGUUAACAGUAUCCUCCGUUGGAACAGUAAAGCUAGGAGCCGAUGUUUUCGUGAAUCUUAAGUAAGGAAGUAUACACAAAUAUUAUACAACUGGAGAAGUCUUAGGUUAAGGAGCUUACGGAAAAGUUUGGAAGGUUACUCAUAAAAAUACUGGUAGAUAAAUUUAUGAAUUCUAGGAAUGAUCAGGGCUAUGAAAUAAUUAAAAAAAAGUUCAUUAAUUGUUGAAGAACAACAAAGACUAUUUGCAGAAAUGAACAUUUUAAAAAAUUUAGAUCAUCCUCACAUUGUCAAAUUAUAUGAAUUAUACUAAGAUUAAUAGAACUAUUAUUUGAUAACAGAAUAUUUGUCAGGAGGUGAAUUAUUUGAUCGAAUAAAAUCAAUGUCAUAUUUUAGUGAAAAAAAGGCUGCUGAAUUUAUUCGAUAAAUCUUACUUGCUGUUGUUUAUUGUCAUGAAUAAAAAAUUGUUCAUAGAGAUUUAAAACCUGAAAAUAUUUUAUUUGCCAAUGAGUCUUCAAAUUCACCCUUAAAAGUUAUCGAUUUCGGUACUUCCAGAAAAUAUGAUACAGAAAAGAAAAUGACUAAAAAGCUUGGAACUGUAAGUUUAUCAUUAAUAUAUAGGCUUAUUAUAUAGCACCAGAAGUUUUAAAAUAAGAUUAUAAUGAGAAAUGUGAUGUAUGGUCUUGUGGUGUCAUUUUAUACAUAUUAUUAUGUGGAUAUCCUCCAUUUACUGGAAAAACAGAAAAAGAUAUUAUGCAUAAAGUGAGUGAAGGGAAAUUUAAAUUUGAUUGUAAUUUAUAAUUCAAACUUAGUUUAGAGGAAGAUUGGGGCUUUAUCUCAGAAGAAGCUAAAAAUUUGAUAACUUAAAUGUUAUAGGUUAAUCCAAAUUAAAGAAUUUCAGCAAAAUAAGCAUUACAUGAUCCUUGGAUUGAUAAACACAAUUUAAAUGAAAAGGUUAAUUAAAUAGUCUUAUAAAAUUUACAAAAAUUCCAAGUAAUUUAAUUUGACAUUUAAAUUAGGCUAAAUCUAUUUUUACCUAAGCCGUUCUUUCUUAUAUAGCAUGUUAGAUGACCUCUCAAUAGGAAUAAGAUGAAUUAGUUAAAACAUUUUAAACUUUGGAUUAAGAUAAAAAUGGGAUAUUAUCAAAGGAUGAAUUGAUUGAAGGUUAUACUUUGGUUUUAAAAGAUAAAGAAUUAGCAAUCAAAGAAGUUAAUAAGAUUCUUUAGAUUGUAGAUCUCAAUCAAAGUGGAUAAGUUGAUUUUUCAGGUAUAUAUCUUUAUUAAAUAUUUAUUAUCCUAGAAUUUUUGAUGGCAGCAAUGAACUAAGAAAAAUUGGUUUCACUUGAACGAGUUAAGGCUGCCUUUAAAAUAUUCGAUGCGAAUGAUGAUGGGAAAAUAUCAAAAGAAGAACUAGAGCUUAUGAUUGGGAGUAUUGAUGAAGAACUUUGGUAAUAGAUUCUAACAGAAUGUAAGGCAGAAGGAGAAAUUACAGAAAAAGAAUUCAUUGAGAUACUACUUAAUCAAAAGCUUUGAUUAAAUUUUAUAUUUUAUGUCUUGGUUAUUUAAUAAACCUUAACAGCCAGUACAAUAACCUAAACUUCCUUCAAAUUUUGCAGAGAAAGUCUUAAAUUUAGAAUUAGAUGUUGAAUCAAAUGCAGCUUCAAAAGAAGAAAUUUAAGAGCUAUUAGAAUUAUAUAGUGUAAUCUGAUCUACUAAUCUAGUAAGCUGUAGAACACUAUUCUUCUAUUAAAUCAGAAAGAUACACUGUAUUUACCAAUAAAAUUCAAGCAUUAUUGAUGAAACCCUAUGUGAAUAAAAUGUUUGGAGCAGAAAUCAAACAAGAAUCCAAAUAAAUAUAAUAAUAACAUGUACAAAAGGAAUAAAUAAAAAACAACAUAUAAUUCAUUUAAUAAAUGGAUAGUAAUAAAUAAGUCUAAUAGAUGAUGACUGCUGCUAUUGAUGAAAAAAUUAAGAAAGAGAAUAUGAUUGCUGAUGAUUUUAAAAUGUAAGAUCAUAGAGUUCAAUAAAGAAUGUUAAAGCGAAUUAAAGUAAUUAAUCACUAUUACUCAAAUUAAGGAUCCAUCAAAAUAUAACUUAGCCAUUUCUAAAAGCACAUCUCUUAGACAUUUAAAGUUGGACAUUGAUUCCUAAAAUUAAUAAUCAAUUCUACCAGAUGCCUUAGAAUAAGGAUAAGAGAUCAGAUCUGAUCCAUCAUUAGAUAAUAAAUAUUUGGAGACUGUUGUUUAAUAGUAAUAAAUUGAUUUCAUUAAAAAUGAUAAUGAUUAAAUUGAACAGCCUCCUUAAUAACAAACAUAAACCCUGACAACUCAAAUUACAAAUCAAGAACCUGAAUUAAUUAGUCUACCAAUUAAGCCAUCUUAAAUUAAAGAUUAACUUUAUUCAUAUUUUAAUGAUGAUUCCUAACCAAUAGAUCAACAAAAUUGGUCUCUAUAAUUGGGUGAUCUUUAACAUCCAAAAUCAAAAAAAGUCAGAGAAAUGGUUAACAAAAAUACAGAACUAAUAAAGUAAAAAAAAGAGCUAAAUAAUAUUUUACCAUGCUGAUUUUGAAUAUUAUUAAAAUAAUGUCUUAUAUAUAUAAAUUAUAGAUAAAAUCUAAAAAAUUCGAAUCAUAAUUCAAAAAAAAGCAACUAAGAAUCUAUUUUUAAUUAAUAAUAAAAUUNUAAACCUUAACAGCCAGUACAAUAACCUAAACUUCCUUCAAAUUUUGCAGAGAAAGUCUUAAAUUUAGAAUUAGAUGUUGAAUCAAAUGCAGCUUCAAAAGAAGAAAUUUAAGAGCUAUUAGAAUUAUAUAGUGUAAUCUGAUCUACUAAUCUAGUAAGCUGUAGAACACUAUUCUUCUAUUAAAUCAGAAAGAUACACUGUAUUUACCAAUAAAAUUCAAGCAUUAUUGAUGAAACCCUAUGUGAAUAAAAUGUUUGGAGCAGAAAUCAAACAAGAAUCCAAAUAAAUAUAAUAAUAACAUGUACAAAAGGAAUAAAUAAAAAACAACAUAUAAUUCAUUUAAUAAAUGGAUAGUAAUAAAUAAGUCUAAUAGAUGAUGACUGCUGCUAUUGAUGAAAAAAUUAAGAAAGAGAAUAUGAUUGCUGAUGAUUUUAAAAUGUAAGAUCAUAGAGUUCAAUAAAGAAUGUUAAAGCGAAUUAAAGUAAUUAAUCACUAUUACUCAAAUUAAGGAUCCAUCAAAAUAUAACUUAGCCAUUUCUAAAAGCACAUCUCUUAGACAUUUAAAGUUGGACAUUGAUUCCUAAAAUUAAUAAUCAAUUCUACCAGAUGCCUUAGAAUAAGGAUAAGAGAUCAGAUCUGAUCCAUCAUUAGAUAAUAAAUAUUUGGAGACUGUUGUUUAAUAGUAAUAAAUUGAUUUCAUUAAAAAUGAUAAUGAUUAAAUUGAACAGCCUCCUUAAUAACAAACAUAAACCCUGACAACUCAAAUUACAAAUCAAGAACCUGAAUUAAUUAGUCUACCAAUUAAGCCAUCUUAAAUUAAAGAUUAACUUUAUUCAUAUUUUAAUGAUGAUUCCUAACCAAUAGAUCAACAAAAUUGGUCUCUAUAAUUGGGUGAUCUUUAACAUCCAAAAUCAAAAAAAGUCAGAGAAAUGGUUAACAAAAAUACAGAACUAAUAAAGUAAAAAAAAGAGCUAAAUAAUAUUUUACCAUGCUGA